UGGGCAUAUCACCCAAUGCUGACCCCCCCUGAGAAGAACUUCUUGACUAAUUACCAGGCCACCUCGAUCACUAGAGACGAAGACGGCACAUACAUUGCUGGGUUUCCCUGGAAGGAAGAGCACGCCCCUCUCCCAACUAACUUCAGUAUCUGCGAGAGACGCACAAGGGCUACCGCACGACGACUUCACCAGACACCAGAUUUGAUGAAGAGUUAUGACGACAUCAUCAAGGAACAAGAGGCCAGAGGGUUCAUUGAGAAGUUGUCACCAGGCUCCCUCGACCCCAAGUCUGAACGACUGCCUAGAGGUCGGUUCACCUUACCUAGCCGACAUGGGCUCGAUUUUAGUGCGGUUUCGCGCCCACCCUAUUGGAAUUUCUACUGAUAUAGAAAAAGCUUUCCUCCAUGUACG